AUGGGAGAACCCAACUGUCGUGUGUCAUACCCGACAACGGGCUGGGUAAAUGACAUAUCUCGUUUGCCCACCGUGACGGACAACGCCAUAAAAGACUUUCACGCCAGGAAAAGUCUAGCCAAUCGACAUUACCGCCGCAGCUACAAGUUCACAACGGAAUCUUACGUUGUUGCAUCGACGCUGAAGGCUUGCUACAAGGACGAAACGGACAACAUGCUGUAUGUGACAUGCAAAUGUUACCGGAGUCAGAAGAAGAGAAGCGACCCAUAUACGAUUCUCAUCUGUCUCAACAACACCGGCGUUGUUAUAGAUAGCAGUUGUGGAUGCCCUAUAGCAAAGCGUGCAUGUAACCACAGCCUUGGUUCGCUGCGAUUUUUGGCACUGCUGCAGCUGAAAGGUUUUAAAGAGGCACCGGCUGAGCUUUCCUGCACAGAUUUACCACAAAAAUGGCGAGUGCCAAGGCAACAAGUUGUUAACGGUUCUGCAGUACAGGCGGUUGACUGGAGGCGACCAGAAGAAAACGGAAACGAGAACAGGAUCCCUGUGCGACUUUACGACGCAAGAAAGAAGGCACAAUCUAAGGAAGAGGAAACCGAAGCUAUAAAACGAUUUGGGAGAGCCCUUGCAUUGCUCGACGGUGAUAAAGGGUUUGCUGCUUCUCUUCUUGACGCAAGGAAUGAGUUCCAGGAAACGAAGUUUGGACAGUCUCUUUGUGGGGCACCUUUAACGUACCAACAAUCACUGACGCCAUCGGGGUUCAAGUCCUUCUUGUCUCCAAAUUUUUGUGGGACACACUGUGAGCUUCAGGAUGCCUUUAGUGCCACCUUUUACAAGAACAGCAAUCCCUGGAAAGUUCCUGAUAGCCUCCCUACGCCAUACCAAGCCAUUCUGAUGCCGCUGUGCUUGACACCGAGUGCUGCAAGGGACCUAGAAAAGAACUCACGGCAGCAGAGUACCAGCGCAACAUGGAAUGAAGCCAGGAAUCACCGGGUGACAGCAUCAAAUUUUGGCACCAUCUUGAAACGAACAACAUGGACAAGACGAGGGCUGGAUAACCUUUUCAGGCGAAAGGAUCUCUCCAGAGUUCGUGCUGUCCAAUAUGGCAUCAGCAAUGAGGCCGCGGCUGUCCAGCGUUACAGACAAGUCAUGUGCUCAGUUGGCCAUGACGUUGCUAUAUUAUCCUGUGGACUGUUUGUCGACCCUGCAACUCCAUGGCUCGGUGCUACACCGGAGAGGAUUGUCUUUGAUCCCACCGAGAGGAGCCCACACGGCGUGCUGGAAGUUAAGUGCCCCUAUUCACUCCGUGACACACCAGGGGAACUACUUAAGGAGCAAAGAUUUUAUAUGACAUUCAACAACGAGCACCCCCAGCUUAGAAGGGACCACGACUAUUAUGCCCAGGUUAUUGGCCAAAUGGGACUAACAGGUUUGCAGUGGGCAGACUUUGUGAUGUAUGGGCCCGGAUUUCUGACCGUGGAAAGGAUCAGAUAUGAUGAACAGGAAUGGGGUGAUAUGAAGGCGAAGCUCACAACGUUUUAUUUCAGUGAUGCCCUACCAUAUUUUGCAAGGCAGGAAUGUUCAUAGGCUUACACCAUAUUUGUAAUGUUGAAAGAUAGGAUGAUAAGAUAAGAUGUUGAUAGAUAGCAGCGCUAGAACAAACUUUUGUUAUGUAUUAAUAAACUUUUAAAACUUGAA